GGAGGAGCAUAAACCUUGCUCGCUGUGUGAAACAACACUAACGGACUUGCGCUCCUCAUUCUAGCCAGUCUGCCCGGUCUGUAUGGGGCUUGCUUUGCUGAGAGAGCAAGGAGUCCUCCGAUCCACACUAGAGCUCCAGCACUACGUCGACUUCGGCGAGUGCGUCGAGUGGCACGGAAGGUUAAACCUGCGUCGCACUGAACUGGGCUACGAUCUCAAGCAAUUUGAUGAGCGCGAGUGGAAUAUGUACUUCGACGACAUGCAGUCUGAGGAUGGCGACGGCAACCACCAGUACCAAGACUUCCCUGACGCGCUGAAUACUCAGAAUGAUGUCCAGACUCGCCCGGCAUCCGAUGCCACCAUUACCAGCUUGCCAAAGAAAAUUUACGCUGACGUCAAGGACAUCCCAGGCCAGAAUGAGAUGUGCCUCGUCUGCCAGACCGGCUUCGAGGACACCGACCAGGUGACUCAGUUACCAUGUGAGCAUGUCUACUGCGCCGAAGGCUGCAUCCAGACGUGGUUGAAGCAGUAUAGCAACUGCCCGAAAUGCCGUGCAACGGUUCCGGCAGUCCAGCAGACCGGAGAGAAGUCAAAGAGCAGUCGCGUUGACAGCAUGGAGAUCGACGACGGUAAAGACGAGGAGGAGGUUGAGAGCGAAGUAGACUCUCAGCAAGACGGCUAGGUGGCCUGCGAGUACUUUAGAACUGCGCGGCUAACGAACGAGGUGGCGACGAAAGCGCUCUGAGGGAGAUGCGCACAGCUGCAUGAUUGAGAUGAGGUACGAAUGACGGAGUUACGCGCCCUAGCAGAAACGCUUCGCUCAUAGCGAAUGCGACGCGUGUGCUUAGUUACAGGAAUGGCCUCAGUGUAGCGACAGACCAUGACUCCAUAGGCAAGGGCUUGGUGGCCGAGCAUCUAUUCAGCCGUAGCGAUUAAGCAUGUAGACAGU